AUGUUUCUUCUAAUUCUGUUUCUUACAUGUUGCUCUUUCGCUAGAAGGCUCUUCCUCUUUUUUCUCUACAUUAUUCAGCAGUUAGCACCUCUCUGUUCCAUGUAUUUCGAAUUCUUUGUUCAGUUCGACAUGGUACUUCAGACUCCUUUUUCUUCAGACCUUUCUAUAAAGAACAUUGAGCUCUAG